AAAGCUUCUUUUUCUCUUUACUUUUUCAUUCUCCACUUCAAAGUUUAUAUAAGUGCCUGAAAUAAUGUGCAUUUCCGUCUUCAUAACUUCGUAUCGAGGAUGUCUUCUUCUGAUAUUCCAAAAACGCCUCUUCCACCGCCCCCGCCAUUCACGCCAACUCACCAAAAGAAACACAAACAAUCUCCUCCCCAAAAGAUUGUCUCAUCGAAACAAGCCUGCAACCAGGAGGCUGAGGCACCAGCAGUGCAGCACAACAGCAAGCAACCAACACUCGGAGAACCUCGGAGGACAAAUCCACUUAUAUGGUUUGGUGCAAUCUUAUGUAUGAUAUUCAGCCUCUUCCUAAUCUUCUUUGGAAUAGCGACUUUAGUAAUCUUUCUUGAUGUUAAACCAAGGACUCCAGUGUUUGACACCCCCGCAGCAACCCUGAAUGUCAUAUACUUUAAUUCUCCCGAUUUUCUAAACGGAGAUGUAAUAUUUCUUGCAAAUUUUUCAAACCCAAAUAGGAAAUUGAAUGUUAAAUACGAGUACCUGGAUAUCAAGCUUUUCUUUUCAGAGACUCUAAUAGCAGUUCAAGCUCUUCAACCGUUCAGUCAAAAUCCUGGAGAAUCACGAUUGAUGUCGGUCCACUUGAUAUCUAGCUUGAUUCAUCUGCCACCAAAUACUGUUCUGGAACUUCAAAAGCAGGUGCAGAGAAAUAGGGUAGCAUAUGAUAUACGAGGCACUUUUAGAGUGAAAGCUAAGCUAGGAAUUUUUCAUUUUUCUUACUGGUUGCACGGGAGAUGCAAAGUAGAGAUGACAAGUCCACCUACUGGUACUCUCAUAACUCACAGUUGCAAAACCAAAAGAUGAAAGGAAAAGAUUUUUCUCCUUGCCUCAGCCCAUUGUUUUUCUGGUAUAUUCCGGAUUUCAUCUAAGCAGAAUUUUUCUGAGCAUAGAUAUAUUAUAGAUGAACAGUUCUUUUUGGGAUACAGACUUGAAAAAUGUGGUAGGUUUUCUUAAUUAUGUAGCUUUUGAAAUAUAUAUACAAAAAGAAAAAUCCUCUCA